GCCGCGACCAUGGCAAAGGAAAGAUUUCCACCUAAUGACCAGGGCAGAGUUGCAGUGCAAAGGCUCGCGAUUUAUAUCUGCCUAGUUUGAAGCGAAAAGGGAUAUAUAAUACGACGAAUGGCGGUUUGACGUUUCACGCGAGGGGAAAAAAAAAAACCUCCUGCUCAUUCAAGCACUUUUACGCGGGACGCGAAAUGACGCACCUUGAGUUGUUUUAGGUUUUUUCUUCAAAUUUUACUCGUGGAGGAAUGCCACAAGAUUCAAGUGCCUUAUUUGCACAUUUCUUUGGGGUUUUUUGUUCUUGAGCUACUCGGAAUAUUUGCAACAUCAGUGAAGAGAGAAGUUGCAUCGGUGAGAGGAAGCGGAUUUUAAAGCAGCAGUAGUUUGUUCUUCUUUUAGUAGCUGCGCCUCACUCGCGCGCGCCGCCGAUGACUCUAGACAACUUAAAACAUUCCGCGAUACUCACAACCUUAUUUAAAAUGGCUGACGAUAAUGAUUUAAUAGGUGCUUCGGAGUUUAUUAAAGAUCGACUCUAUUUUGCAACCUUAAGGAGCAAGCCGAAAAGCACUGCAAAUACGCAUUACUUUAGCACGGAUGAGGAGUUUGUGUACGAAAACUUUUAUGCAGAUUUUGGACCCCUCAAUCUUGCCAUGCUGUACAGAUACUGCUGUAAACUCAACAAAAAGCUCAAGCUGGCAAGGUGUAGUUCUCUCAUGUGUUCAUGUUUUGGAAUAUUAAAGUCGUUUACACUGACGAGAAAGAGGAUUGUUCACUACACCAGCUUUGACCAGCGCAAAAGGGCUAACGCUGCUGUGCUCAUCGGUGCUUAUGCUGUGAUUUACCUAAAGAAAACACCAGAGGAAGCCUACAGAGCCCUGACUUCAGGCUCCAAUGCCUCAUAUCUUCCCUUCAGGGAUGCUUCUUUUGGGAAUUGCACAUACAAUCUGACGGUUCUUGACUGCUUGCAAGGCAUUAGGAAGGCCCUUCAGCACGGAUUCUUGAACUUCGAGACGUUCGACGUGAACGAGUACGAGCAUUACGAGCGUGUCGAAAAUGGAGAUCUGAACUGGAUCGUCCCAGGCAAAUUUCUUGCUUUCAGCGGUCCCCAUCCAAAAAGUAAAAUAGAGAAUGGUUACCCUCUACAUGCCCCUGAGGCUUAUUUCCCAUAUUUCCGCAAGCACAACGUCACCACUAUAGUGCGCCUCAACAAGAAGAUCUACGAUGCCAAGCGCUUCACGGAUGCCGGUUUCGACCAUUACGACCUGUUCUUUGUGGACGGAAGCACACCCGGAGACGUCAUCACCCGCCGCUUCCUGCACAUCUGUGAGAGCACGGAUGGAGCGGUGGCCGUGCACUGCAAGGCGGGUUUAGGCCGGACAGGGACUCUGAUUGGCUGCUACCUAAUGAAGCACUACCGCUUCACAGCUGCUGAAGCCAUCGCUUGGAUCCGCGUCUGCAGACCCGGCUCUAUUAUUGGACCCCAGCAGCAUUACCUAGAAGAGAAGCAGGCAAGUCUCUGGGCUCAUGGAGAUAUUCACCGCUCCAAACAGCGGCAGUAUGAGGACAGAUCUGUGCCUCACCUCAUCUCCAGUAUAGACAACCUUUCCAUCAGCGCCUCCAUCUUUAAAUCCCACAGCUUGGACCGUAUGGAGGAGAAUGAUUACACUGAGAACGACCUCGCUAUGACGCAAGGAGACAAACUGCGUGCCUUAAAGGGUCGACGGCAGCCGCGGUCUGCGACCACUGGAGCCAUAAGACUCGAGGACAUGAAGAUGCACACUAGGUCUCCAUCUCAGCCUCUCAGCCGAAUGAAACCGACAGCCACUGGCCAGGGUUCCAUCUCCCCCUUAAAAUCCUCCAAAGUCCCACCAUCCUCCUCCGUCUCUGCCUCUGCCAAGCGCAUUGGCCGCUCUUCAUCUUCAUCAACCAACCUCAAGAGCACCAGGUUAGCCAGCUCUUUGGGUAACCUGUAUGAACCAAAUGGUGAAUCAAACAGCUCUGGGAAACCACCUUCCCCUUCAUCGUUCACUUCCCACCCUGUCCGCACGGGCUACAGCAGCCCGAUCGCCCCACACAAUUACCACUACGAGGUCAACAACAACAACAAUCAGUGUAACACCACCAGUACCCCGAACAUCAACGGGGUGAGCCCAAGCAGCGGGGCAAAAAGUGUGACCUACAACCUCAACCACACCAGCAUGAGCGGACCUUCCACCAAUGGAAGGCUGGGGGCCAGUGAACAGGGGCACCACAGAAGCCCAACAGGGCUGAGCGGGCUCUCCGCACGCUACCUCAGCCGGUCUAUUCCCUCCCUUCAGUCUGAGUAUGUUCAGUACUAAAGCCGCCACUUUCCGCUAACCCCCCAUCCCGCACUGCUGGCCUGGUUCCGACCCAUGACGCCUUCACUGUGACCACCAAUUCACUGGCUUCUUGUCGCAAAGGGGAACGAAGUCGAAAAGAGAUGCUUUUGAGACUAAACGGCUCACGGUCAGCCUCAUGGUAAUGAUACGUCCUGCUAUGACAGAGCUGAUCUGGAAUCUGCUGCAUGCUGUUAAACAACAUGAACUUUCCUUGGCCGUCCUUUCAAAACAUCUUUUUUUUUUUUUUUUUUUUUUUUUUUUUUUUUUUUUUUUUUUUUAGAUACUCUCCAUGUAUGAAUAUACAUAAUUGUACUGAAAAAUAUUUUUAGAUAAAGAAUUUUGUACUUUUUUUGUCCUAUUUUAUCUAUGAUUCUUACGCUCAGCGAACAAGGUUCGUUGGUUAUAUUUGUGUGUCUUUGGAUUAGGGAAUUUGUUCUGACGUAAAUAUCACGUUUUUGUCUCCUGAGUGUACUUACUGAGUAACAUAUCAAGUGCGAUGCUAUAUUUAAAAGGUGUAAAAUGGUUUGACAGCUACGUGUCAUCUUCAAAGGGAUUUUCGGCUGACAAAAGCAAUAAAGACAGUUUGUUUCUUUUAUUUGGGAUCUAAGGUGGGCUUGUCUCCACGCAACUACGGACGGCUAAUGAGACCAUGACCAAUUUGCAAACAAACUUGUUUUUCUCGGGAAAAUGAAGGGCUUUGUUUGUUCAGUAUGAGAAACAGGGUGGACUCCUUGUCUUUUUUUCCAUUGUGACAUCAUAAUGUGUGUUAUCAAACUAAUUGAGAUCUGAGCUCUCACGGUUUUCAAGGGCUGUUGAAAACGCAAGCGCGACACUUCAUCUUUCAGCAGCGUCUGUUUCACCAGCACCUCUGAAAUAUAAUAUCUCAGAAUAUACGAGUUUCUGGCUGCUGAUUUUAACAUGCACCGUUUUUGCAUGAAUUAGCUCAAGCUGCUUAAAAUAUAUAUUAACGAUAACAAAUAUUAAUGUACCUGCAGUAGCUCACCCACAAGUUGUAACUUUUUAUUACAAUAGAGGAGAUUAUGUGUAGGUGAUGAUAUGAAAACACAACCCUUUCUGUUAUUGCACAUAAUGAAUGUACAAACUAAUCUGGAAAGGUUGAUCCAGUGAGGGUUGUCUACUCUAAAUUCAGUUAUUUUAGGAUGUUUACAAUCAAGUGCAAAUUAUUUAUCGUACAGUGUUCUUAUAGGUUUACCAGCAGGGUUUAAGCUAAAACCUUUGGAUUAUUUACUUAACACAAAAACUACAAUACGGUCAUUUAAUAACCCUAAGACAUUCCAAACUUGACUUUAUAUCUUCUGUGAAACACAAAAUAUAUAUGUACAAUGUACUCUUUUUAGGUACUGGGACUGUUAAGCUUAGGAAAAUGAUGACGACGCACCAUUAAAGUAACGUUGUCAAUUCUGUGUUAAAUAAGCUUCUGAAGGCAUACGAUAGUUUUGUGUAAUUUUAUAUAUAUAUAUAUAUAUAUAUAUAUAUAUAUAUAUAUAUAUAUAUAUAUAUAUUAUAUAUAUUAUUUUUUUUUUUUUUUUUUUUUUUAUUGUGCAAAAAUAAUCAUUUAUUCAAGGAAAGGCUUCCCCUCUGCCGGAGCUCUCAAAUCUCAUUCAUUUAAAGAGUUUCUUGGGGAAACAUGUUGCUCCAGAUUUUAUGUAAAUGAGAAAUAAAAAACAUUUACAAUCACGAUGUCAAAUCUGAUGCGACAUAUCUUAACAAAAAAACAGUUGAAUGCGUAGUGGCGAAUGAAAUUUAAGAGCUACAACAGAGGGGAAGCUUUUCUGCAAAUCGUAAGCCUUCUGCCCUUAUAAUAUACAUUAUAUUCAUUAAACGGAAAAGAGCAGCUUGAACAUUCUGCCGAACAUCAUCUUUUGUGUUCCACAGAGGAAAGUAAAUCAUAUAGGUUGAUAUUAGGUGAGUAAAUGAUCAUUUUAAUUUUGGGGGAAACUAACCCAUAUCUUUCUGUUUGAACAAAUACUCCAUUACAAGCUUAUGCAGUUAUAACUUGAUUGACUGUUCUGUAUCUGUAUCUUUUAGCCCUGUAGCACUCUGUACAUUCCAGAUGGUGUUAUGAAUUAUGUGUAUAUAUACGUUUUGGGAGAAUCUUUUUGAUUGAAGUAUUCUACCUCUUUGACAUAUACAUGAUGUAAACUACUCUCUUGCUUAUGAAAAUAUAGAUAUAUUUAUAUAUUUUUGGAGCAGUGUGUAAAGAAUAUCUAACAAUGUUAGAGCAGUGUUUGCUUUUCACAUACUGAAAGGACAUUAAAAUACAAUGUAGUGUGUUGUACAUUUAUUCUUUUGCAAUGUAAACACAAUUUCAAAGACCAGAACAAAAUAAAAGAUUAAUUUUGCUUUA